GGUCGGCUGCCCUAAUCCGGCGCCCGGCUGGGAGAGGAACGGAGCCAGCCCCGCAGACCUCACCUGCCGGCCCCAUCCAUCCAUCCAUCCUGGCCGCUUCCUCUUGCCAUGAUAAAGCACCUCUUGAAGGAAGACUCGGAGGAGGCCGAGCUGGUCCAUUUCCUCAACGACUACCCGGCUGAGGAGGGCUUCCACCGCGUGGAGCCGGGAGAGGCCUGGAAGGAUAGGGGCCGCGGCGGUGGCGCAGAGCCCGAGAUGUUCCCCAGUGCGGCGCUCAGGACCCUCCCCGACGAGGCCUCGGAAGAGAAGGAGCAGAAGGGCUUCCACCGCCCGCGGCCUCUGGAUCUCAAACAGCACCAACACAUGGCCGCUCCAACGCCCCCCAGCCCGUCCCGUCCCAGAAGCCCCUGGGGCAGGCUGGACCCCUAUGAGUCUGAUGAGGAUGACAAAGAGUAUGUGGGUUUUGCCACGCUCCCCAAUCAAGUCCACCGGAAGUCUGUGAAGAAAGGCUUCGAUUUCACCCUCAUGGUUGCAGGAGAGGCCGGGCUUGGGAAGUCCACCCUGGUGAACAGCCUUUUCCUCACGGACCUGUACAAAGACCGCAAACUCUUAAAUGCUGAAGAACGGAUCCUCCAGACGGUGGAGAUCACCAAGCAUGUGGUGGACAUCGAGGAGAAGGGCGUCAAACUGCGCCUGACCAUCGUGGACACGCCAGGCUUUGGAGAUGCCUUGAACAACACAGAGUGCUGGAAGCCGGUGGCUGACUAUGUAGACCAGCAGUUUGAACAGUACUUCCGGGACGAGAGCGGCCUGAACCGGAAGAACAUCCUGGACAACCGCGUCCACUGCUGCCUCUACUUCAUCUCGCCCUUUGGCCAUGGGCUGCGGCCUCUGGAUGUCGAGUUCAUGAAGGCUCUCCACCAGCGGGUCAACAUCGUUCCAGUUCUAGCCAAAGCGGACACUCUCAUGCCUUCCGAGGUCGAGCGGAUGAAGAAUAAGAUCCGCGAUGAAAUUGAUCAGUUUGGGAUCCGCAUCUACCAGUUUCCUGAAUGUGAUUCGGAUGAAGAUGACGAUUUCAAGCUUCAGGAUCAAGCCCUCAAGGAGAGCAUCCCUUUUGCCGUCAUUGGGAGCAACACGGUGGUGGAGACCAAAGGCCGGCGGAUCCGUGGGAGGCUGUAUCCAUGGGGCAUCGUGGAAGUGGAGAACCCUCUGCACUGUGACUUUGUCAAGCUGCGGACCAUGCUGGUGAGGACCCACAUGCAGGACCUGAAGGACGUGACGCGGGAGACCCACUACGAGAACUACCGGGCGCAGUGCAUCCAAAGCAUGACCAGGAUGGUGGUCAAAGAGAGGAAUCGCAACAAAUUGACAAGAGAAAGUGGGACAGAUUUCCCCAUCCCGGCCAUCCCUUCAACACCAGAUGUGGAGACAGAGAAGCUGAUCCGGGAGAAGGACGACGAGUUACGCCGAAUGCAGGACAUGUUGCAGAAAAUCCAGCGGCAGAUGGAAGAUGCCCACUAGCCCCCGACCCCUCAGAUCCUGCAAAAACACCUUUGCUCCCCGCACCCCCCAGAGACACAAAAUGUUUACAUCUCAGCUGAUCCAUGUGCCCCUCCCCAGCGCUUGGCCCUGGCAAUGCACCUUGCACCUUAAGCUAACGGCCAUCCAAUGCAAUGAUCAUCCGCCUUAUAAUCGACACUCCACCCUGCUUCUAGAUCGGAUUUCCUAAGGAACGAGGAGCUCGCCCGGGCGCCAAAGAUUCUGCCUGCGACUCUCCAGCAUGUGAGAAUGUUCUGCCUCUUGCUCUCCUGCCUGGCCUGAACCCUUUGGCAGCCAUUGUGAUAAUGAUUUGGGUGCAAUUCACGUGCAAUUCAAAUACCUCCUUUUCCAGCUCCAGAAGAAUUCAGCAAAAUGGGAUUUCCUGCUUCUAGCUGACGGCAGUGUGUAUCCUCUGAUCAUUUGCCCAGCAAAUCCCACCAUGGCAACCUUAGCUUUUGCCCGUGUUCCUCUCUGCCUAGGCCAAGGCACCAGAUUUUUUUUCUUUUUAAUAUGAGUCACUUUUCUGAUCAAACAUACCGUCUGCCCUCUCCGUUGCCGAAAACUUAUGACGGGGCACAUUAUAGGUGAAAUUACAAAUUUGAAACUCAGAUGCAUUAUCAAACUGCCUGUUUGAGAGAUCAAAUUUUAUUUAUUUCAUAAAAUUUAUACAUCACUUGAUUGUAAAAACAAAAACCCACAACCACCUUCAAAGCAAUUUACCAAAAAGAUAGAACAAUGAAAUUCUCAAUAAGAAGUGACAAUGAUAAUUUAAGACUUUCGGAAACUUAAAGUAACAGUUGACGGAAAACAGAUUAAAACUUGCACCGGCUUUCUAACAUCUGGGUAGGACUGUUUAACCAAGAAUGCUUUUAGCAGGAGCCAAAAAGAGUACAGUGGAAGUGCCUGCCUGAUGUCAAUAGGCAGGGAGUUCCAAAGUGUAGAUGUUGCCGUGCUAAAAGUUGGAGUUCUUAAAAGGGCAGGAUGAAUAUUGUGUGGCACCUGGAACAGUGCCAGUUCUCCUCAUUGAAGCAGUCAAGUGGGCAUAAAUGGGGUAAGGUGAUCUCAUGGGGUUGUUUUAAAAUUUGACUUUUUUUUUUGCUCUUAAUAUUUUUUUAAGUUAAUUUGAAAGACUCUGGCUGGCAGCUGGUGCAAGGUCUCCAAUUAAAAUGAAUGGGAGUUCAAUAUCUUUUUGCAUCCAAGAACUCCUUGGUGGCUUUGUUCCUAUGAAUAAGAAAUACAUUUAUUUUAUAUCCUUUGGGUGGGUGGGGGACACAACAACCCUCCCAGCCCCCAUAAUUGAGAAAUGCUCAAAGCAAAACACGGAAUUAAAAGAAUUUUAUUUUUUUUGCAAGUUAAUUUAUGGACAAUUGGCCUGAGAAAUUUACUUCUUCGUGUCAUGAGGGUUUCUGGCACAAACUAGGAGAGCAUCAGGGUGUGUUUUCUUACUCAGUCAAAUACACUCGAACUGGAGCCAAAUCGCAGAUUGAACCUCUACUCUGUGGCCUAAUUUGCCCAGAAAUCUUCCAAGAGGUCUAUAAACUUGAGCAACACCUUUUUCAGAGGCUGCUUCUGCAUGCUGCGGGCAUCCCUCGGAGCCGUGUUUGUGAGCCUGCUGCAAACCCCCAUCUCUGCUGAGCAUCCAUGCGCCACGCUAAGCUUGAAGAGAUCGAGUCAGUGAGCCAAGCUGCAAAAUACCCCCGUCUCCAAACCGUACGUUCACCGUUCAUGUGUAAAAAGGGGCUGGUGGUGAGAGAUGGACUCAGGGCAGAGAGGUGCUGUCGAAGCCACCAGCUCCUCUGCACAGCCUUCUCCCUGGGGUUGUCAGAAAGGACCGUCAGAGAGCCGCUGGAAUCCAAGCCCAUUCCAUGUGGAAGGUGGGGCAGAUCUCCUGUUUCAAGAAAUGACCUCCAUGGGGAACGAUCUGGAGAAGAAGCAGGGCAAACCCUGGUCUGGACGCACCCUCACAAAGUCUGCUUGCUUGGGUCCUGCAUGCGCAGCUCAGUGUGGCUGGGCCUCCUAAAAUAUCUAGCCCCCCCUUUUUACAUUAAAUCAAUGAGCCACCUCUACCUUUGCUGUUCUCUCUCCACCAACCACAGAGAAGGAAGAGACCUGAGCGGGUGGGCGGAAGCCCAAGGCACCUGCCUGUAGGUGCCAAAUAUCGGGGGGCCCUGUGCAGCCAAAGAAUUGGGAGAACCUCACUUCAUGUUGGAACAUAAGGAACAUUGAACAUGCUCUGCCAGAGGCCCCUACAGGAAACCGCUGUGCAAAAGAGGUUUGCAAAGACUCCCUCAUAUUACCAGCAUCUGGUCAUCUGGGAUAGGCUUCAUCUGGCACUGGAGGCUCUAUUCCUUGUUCGCACCAUCAGAGAUUCCUGCUAGCUGCCGUGGUGGCGAUGCCUGAGUCCUCUUUGUUUUAAGCUGCCUGCAUGACUGGCUGUUGCAUCAUCUGGAGUUGAGCCCAAAUUCAGCCAGGGACUCCAAAAUCGCUGCCACAAUGGUCACCUUGUGCAGAAGCCUUUACAUGAGGAAAGCCUAUAAGACAUCGUGUCUCACAACCACCGCAGGCCCUGGAUUUUAGGCCACUUUUGCAUCGAGCCACCAAACCCAUAGAUCAGGUUGCCAACUAACCAGGGAAGAAGCUACCCUGGCCCGCUCCUGUGCCUUCAACAGCACCUUGAUUUGCACAAACUGGCAGCUGAUGCUUUUCAUGGCGUGGCAGGAAAAUCCUCCCUCCAGCCCCGAGACCCAUGUCUGCAGAUCAACCUGCUAUUAAUGUACAGGAGAGCAGGGGCUGGUCGAAAAGUUGGCAACCCUAGCAUAAGCUCGGCUUCAAAAUACUCCCUUUUUACUCCUUAGGUUUCUUACUGCCUUUUUGUUAUUCCUUUAUUGUUUGAUAUAUUUAUUAUUAUUGUCAAUUAUGGUUUACUGUUGGUUAUUAAUUAUUAUUUCCCGCCCUCACCCAGGUUGAGAAAAGUUACAUUUCCACAUGUUCCUCUGCAUGAGAUGUUGGCAAAAUGCCCUUUUCCAUGUUACUCAGUUUUAGAUAUAUUAUUAUUAUUAUUAUUAUUAUUAUUAUUAUUUUAUUGCUGCAAUUGGAGUGGUGGAGCAUUGAGAAAGUUCUUUGGAAAACCGAUUUACUUUUGAGAUGGCAGCCCUUCUGUGGAGAGGUGACCCUCGGCCCCCAGAUGUACAAACUCACACCUUUGUAGCAUAGAAUCUCAGAACAGAAGAAUCCCUGGCUGUCAACCUCUGUUGAAAAACCUCUGAGGAAGAAGUCCACCAUUUUGUCUAGGGUGGGGGCACCAGGUUGGCAAAUGAUGCCUUAACACCCCCUGCCUCAACCUCUUUAUUUUGGGGAGCUGUGAAGGAGGCUUGUGUUGUGGUGGAAAGGAAUGAUUGUUUCUGGUUUUGCUUCUUUAUUUUCCAAAACUUGCUAUUUUCUUACCAAAAACAGAGAGGGUCUAUAUCUUUGCACGGUUGUACCAAGAAAAGAGAAGGAAAGCUUUAUUUAUUUAAAAGCUGUAAAAAAUAAUAAUUAUAGGUUUAUACAUUCAAAUUGCUCCAGUUGAAAUAUUUUUUAUCCUGCUAAUAAAUGUAGCUGAU